GUUAAUGCCUAUUGAAUUGCAUUCAUAACAGACCUGCUCAAAAGAGCAAAAGUAAGUCAGCGAGUUUCACUAAUCAUAAAUAGAACAUUUUCACCUGAAAAGGUCCUUUGGUUUAGUGGAAAUGUUGUUUGAUUAUAAAUAGAACGACCAUUUUUAUGGUUAACAAGGUUUUAAUCCGUUUUUAUCGUUCCAAGAAGUAGCAUCAACCGCCAGUAAGGCCAGAAACAUUCUCUACGCAAGUAUGCAAAUGCAAACACACGAUUCUGAGGUACAUACAUGCUUUCUACAGUACAUGAAUUAGGUUAUUAUUAUUCGAUUUUCUUCAGAUGUGCUGUUAUUCAUAUAGCUAGACAUAGAAGAAGUUUAUGCAAAGUUACAUGACGUGAGCAUGCAACAACGCAUGAAAUCAAGCUUGCAUUGUUUGAGACUGUGUUUCGCGUGUUUCGGCCGUGCUGCCCUCCUCACAGGUGAUUCACAUGAGACGUAACCUGGACCAGAGCGAGGCGGCUAUCGUGCAGGUGUUCGAGGACAAGCAGCGCGUGUGGGAGUGUGAGAUGGAGGAGCUGAGGCAGAACUACGCCGGGCGUCUGCAGCAGGUGACCCGACGGGCCCAGCGCACACAGCAGGCCCUGCAGGCGCAGCUCGCCCGGCUGCAGCAGGACAAGCGGCGGCUGCAGGACGAGAUGACGCUGCUGCUCGCUCAGAGAGAGGAGCUGGAGAAGAAGUGCUUGGACUUCAGGAAGGAGCAGGCCGAUAUCCUGCCCAGACUGGAGGAGACCAAGUGGGAGGUGAGAGAGACUCGUAGCUCGUUUUCAGACUAACAUCUGUAGCCUAAUGCACA